GCCGGCCAAUAAGAGUGCGGAUCGCACUCCCCUCUCCCGUUCACGUCACAUCGACCGGCUCUGUGAAGAGAUAAUAGACGAGAGUCGAGAAUCGUCGAAGAGUCAUUCUUGUUCCCUAGCAGUUGGAAACAGCGCCAGGACCCUCCACCGACCGCCAAGUUCGCGUUGAAGCAUCUUCCGACGUCGGAGGUUCGUCUCGGCCCGCGGGCUUUGUGAAAUUCAGUGGUUCCCAGGUGAUUUUGUAACGGCAUCACAAUUCCGAUCGCAAACAGACCAGAACAAUCCGGCAACGAAGCCGCCUUACCGGAGGAGAUGGGACAUCACAUCACCCAUGCGUCACAUAUGUUGUUCAUUGACGCUUUUCUCCAAAACAAUAAAGAUGAUGAGAUCACCCAAAUAAUGGGUUAUCACCCGACUUAUUUGGAGAUCUUUCUCAGGACUCAACAUUUUAUUCUAAAAGGUGAUGGCCCUCUGCCUUACGACUAUAGGCAUUUCAUUGCCAUCAUGGCUGCAGGUAGGCAUCAAUGUAGUUAUUUGAUCAACUCUCAAAAACAGGAAUUCCUACUCCAAGGUGGGGACCAGGGUUGGCUCAGGGGCUUAUCUCAUAUACCACAGAAGUUGAGGGACCUCUAUGAAAUCAAUAAAGUUCUUGCUCAUCGGCCAUGGCUCCUCAACAAGACUCACAUUCAAAAACUUACACGUGGUUCCGAAGAUAGUUGGUCCUUAGCGGAAGUUGUACAUGCCAUCGUUCUCCUAGCACAUUUUCACAGCCUGUCCAGUUUUGUGUUUGGUUGUGGAAUGAGCGAAGAUAUAGAAGAGAACGGUUCCACCAAGGAACAAGCCGCAAGCGUGAAAGCUACUCCUACCAAUCUCAAUGGAAACAUUUCAAAAGAAGGAUGGAAUGAAGUGGAGGUAGGUGUUGAUACACUUAUGGAACGAAUGAAAUCUCUUUCGGAGCGAAUUGAAGAAUGUUCUGAGUCCGAGAUGGCCAAAAGGUUUGAAAGAGUGGAGUCACAAAGCAUUGAACUUUCCCCGUCGGAUAAAAAUAGUCUUAAACCUAAACCAAGUAUAGGUCAAUUUGUGGAUGACCCUAUGUUCCUGUAUGAGGAUUUUGCCAGAAGAGGAGAAACUUGUGACAUACCUACAUUUCGGGUUCAGGACUAUUCCUGGGAUGACCAGGGUUUCUCUCUAGUCAACAGGCUGUACAAUGAUGUUGGAAAUCUGUUAGAUGAUAAAUUUAAAACGGCUUACAACUUAACGUAUUAUACAAUGGGAGGACGGAAAGAUGUCGAUACUUCUCGAUUCCGUAGGGCCAUUUGGAAUUAUAUCCAGUGCAUGUAUGGAAUAAGACAUGAUGACUAUGAUUAUGGAGAAGUUAAUCAACUGUUAGAAAGGUCAUUAAAGGCUUUCAUAAAAUCGGCUUGUUGUUAUCCGGAAAGAGUGAGGAAAGCAGAUUAUGACAGGGUACUUCGAGAGUUUAAACAUAGUGAAAAGGUCCAUGUGAAUAUUAUGAUUCUUGAAGCAAGGAUGCAGGCAGAAUUACUUUACGCACUGCGAGCUGUGAUGCGUUACAUGACGUAACUUUACUCUAAGAAACAAAUUCUAUUCUAUUUCACUGUAUAUCAUAAUAUCGAAAAAUUAGAUAUUUUGUAAAUUGACAUACGUAUGUUAAUCGAGAAAAAAAAAAAAUAAAUAUUUGUUUUCAUAUAGAAGUAUAUGUGUUGAUCAAGAAGAUAGAAAAAGAAAUUAUGGUUUAUUUUAUAUUUUUUGUUAAAUCUUUGAAAUUGUGAUUUUAAGCUAUUCGUCUCCUUCAAUUACUAUUGUAAUAUUCUUGUUUUACACGACGUCUGUAUUAAAAAAUAAAUAAACAAAUAAAAGUAGUUAA